UUCUUUUAAACUCUCUCUCUCUCUCUCGAAAGUAGAAACCCUAGCAUUUGUGAUCUUCAACGGGAAAAAUGACGACGACUCCGUCCGCCGGUCGUGAGCUCUCGAAUCCGCCGUCCGACGGCAUUUCCAAUCUCCGAUUUUCCAAUAACAGUGAUCAUCUCCUUGUUUCUUCAUGGGAUAAGCGUGUGAGAUUGUAUGAUGUGAGCACCAAUUCGUUGAAAGGGGAGUUCUUACAUGGCGGAGCAGUACUCGAUUGCUGUUUUCACGAUGAUUUCUCCGGCUUCAGUGUUGGCGCCGAUUACAAAGUCAGAAGGAUUGUAUUCAAUGUCGGCAAAGAGGACAUUUUGGGGACACAUGACAAACCAGUGCGAUGUGUUGAGUAUUCUUAUGCUGCAGGACAAGUGAUCACUGGAUCUUGGGAUAAAACAGUUAAAUGUUGGGAUCCAAGAGGCGCAAGUGGGCCUGAACGCACCCAGGUGGGAACAUAUUUGCAGCCAGAGCGCGUUUACUCUAUGUCUCUUGUUGGACAUCGUUUGGUAGUGGCAACUGCAGGAAGGCAUGUAAACAUCUAUGAUCUCAGAAAUAUGUCUCAGCCUGAGCAAAGAAGGGAGUCUUCACUGAAAUACCAGACGAGAUGUGUGCGUUGUUAUCCUAAUGGAACAGGAUAUGCUCUUAGCUCUGUUGAAGGAAGGGUUGCAAUGGAGUUUUUUGAUCUAUCAGAGGCUGCUCAAGCUAAAAAAUAUGCUUUCAAAUGUCAUCGGAAAUCAGAGGCCGGAAGGGACAUUGUUUACCCUGUAAAUUCCAUCGCCUUCCAUCCAAUUUAUGGCACCUUUGCAACUGGAGGUUGUGAUGGUUUCGUUAACAUUUGGGAUGGUAACAACAAGAAGAGGCUAUAUCAGUACUCAAAGUAUCCAACAAGUAUCUCGGCACUGUCAUUCAGUCGAGAUGGUCAGCUACUGGCUGUUGCUUCAAGUUACACAUUUGAAGAGGGGGAGAAAUCGCAAGAACCGGAGGCCAUCUUUGUAAGAAGCGUGAACGAAAUCGAAGUGAAACCAAAACCCAAAGUAUACCCGAAUCCUGCGGCGUAGAAAGGAAGAAACACAAGUGAUUUCCUAUGUUGGUUGUUUUUGUAUUUGCUAGGAGUUUCCUAAAGAUUGAAUCAAUUGAUCAACGUAUG